CAACAACAAGUUUUGAUAGACUCUUUAUGACACAUUAUACAUUAUAAUGGAUAUUGCUAUUAACUUAACAUUAUGGAAUCAUUAUAUAAAAUGGUCUAAUUUAAUUAAUAAAUUAUUCUCAUUACUACUUAAAUGACUUAAUUUAAAAAAAAAACAAGAAAAAAACACAACAUUCAUUGAAGAUGAUUGUCCUGUUUAACAAAUGAUCAAUUAUCAUUAUUACUAAACAACAUGUAACAUAAUAAGGAAAAAUGAUUGUACAACAGCAAUAACAACAACAACAAUGGCAAAAACAAAAAAUGAGAGAUAAAAACAAGAAGAAAAGAAUCAAAUUUGAUUAGAUUAAUCUUUCGUCUUACUGUUUUGUUUUGUUAUUUUUUUGUUGUUGUUUUUAUUUACCGGUGAAAUGUGGAUAUUUAUUAAUAAACUAUUCAUAUGGUUUCUUUUGAAAAUAAUCAUAAUUAUGGAUGUAUUACCUUUAAUGGUUUACAAUUAUUCUAAUCAUUUAUGUAAAAUAAAACAAUUUCAAAUACCAGUGAAUAAAGACUCAUCAAAUAUAUUGAAUCUUAAUGAACAAAAUCAUGCUACAUUUCAUUUUAACACAGAUGGGAUAGAUGAAAAAAUAUUUUUCGAGUUUCGAACACGUAAAGAAAAUCAAAUAAUGUUUAGCUUUGAAUUAACCAGCAUAUUGACGCAACAUACAAAGAUGAAAGUUGAUUCUUAUCUGCUUGGUUACUUAUUAGAUGGAGCAUUGGUUGUGAAUCUGUUUAACCAUUUUUCAGAAAAACGUCCUUAUUUAAACCAUGCAAACACUCAAAAGAUCAUUUCCUGUAUAUCUGAUUAUGACACUUGCGCUGACACACAAUGGCAUCAAAUUCUAUUGACGAUAAAAAAGAAUGAUAUAUUACUUGUACUUGACAGUCAACCUCAAGUCAAAUUAAAUCCAUUUGGUCAAGAUGGAUUAAUUACUAUAAGAGUUAUGCACUUGGGAGGAAGUUUUUUGAAUACUUCAAAAGAAACGUUUACACGAUAUAAUCCAAGUAUCGGGAAUCUAACAAAUUUUAGAGGUUGCUUUCAAUCGAUUAUUUAUAAAAGUGGAGAAUUAUUUAUUCCAUUAUUAAUUACAAAAAACACAAAAUAUAUUCAAUCUCAACUACCAAUUCAAUCUAAUUUACGUAAUUGUGAUUACAAGUUAUUACAACGAAACAUAAAUAUAGAUCAUUCAAAAGUAAACAGUUAUGUAUCAUUUACUAAACCAGGUAGUUAUUUAAGAAUCACAGGAUGGAAAGUUGUACUUCAUGGUGAAAUCACAUUUAUUUUACGUACAACUACUCUUAAUGGAUUAAUUAUUUAUAGUAAUUCUAUAAAUGAAUAUGAAUUAUUUCCAAAAAAUAUUAAUGAACCAAAUUUAUUAGAAAAUAUUCAUGAAGUCAAACAAACUGGUUACGAUAUAUUUGCUUUAGAAUUACGUUUAGGAAGAUUACAUUUUUUAUUAAAUACUGGAUCAGGUAUUGUUCAACCAGAAUUUGAUAGAAAAUAUUUUGAAUCAGAAAGUAAAGGUUUUAUUUCCGAUGGAAAAGAACAUUCUAUUCAAAUUGUAUUCGAUGAAGGAGAUUUAAUAAUAAAUGUUGAUGGUGAAAACUUUGUAACACAUGGUACAGGAAUUAAAACAUAUAAAUACUUGAAUUUGAAUGAAUACUUUUAUAUUGGAGGUCUUCCUGAGUCAGUGCGUCAAAUUAACUCAUUUAUAUCGCCUGAAGUAUGGUCAGCGCAAUUAAGACAAGAUUUUGUUGGAUGUUUAGGUGAAUUCAUUGUAAAUAAACGCUUAUGGGAUAUCGAUUUAGAAAGGCGACCAUGUUGGUCUAAGCCAUUUGUGGAAAAUGGAUGUAAAUUGUCUUCAUCAAUAGAUUUUUGUACAGAUAAACCAUGUAGAAAUAAAGGUCAAUGCACCUCUAGUUGGAAUAUUUAUGAAUGUGAUUGCAGCAACACUAAUUUUAGUGGAAAAACAUGUACAGAAAAUCCUAUUAUUGUUAGCUUUGAUGGAUUUCAAUGGUUAUGGAUAAAAUUCAGUCCAUUACCUAUUCAAUCAUCCGUUGAAGAAUUGACUUUAAGAUUUAGAACUAAAUAUGAAGAUGGAUUUCUGCUAACUACACGAAGUUCUAUUUUGUCAGCACCAGAUUGUUUAGAAUUGAAAAUUAUUUCUGGCUAUUUAUCGUUAAUAUAUAAUUUAGGUGCAAUAGAUAAUAUUUACCAUAACCCGGUGUAUAUAGCUGACGAUCAAUGGCACACUGUAAAAAUUUAUAGAAGACAAAAUGUUCUCAACUUCUCCGUUGAUAAUUUAUUUCAAACUUUUGACAUUCCAAAAGAUGGUCGUUAUCUUUCACAUCGCCAUUUAAUCCUUGGCAAUUCUGAAGAUUCUCUAACAAACCAGUUGAUAGACACACCGACACAAUUUAAUCACAACAUCAAACAGAUAAACAAUUUGAAUGUUCAUGUUUUCAUUGGUUACAUAAUGGUUUUCCUAUUUAAUGGAGUCGACUUUUUACGAACUGCGCAAAAUUUAAAACAUGAUCCUAGUUUAUACAUUUGGAAAGAUAAACUAGAUAUUACAGCUACUCAAAGUAAUUAUGAACCAAAUCAUGAGUUACCAUUAACAUUUAACAAUAAAGAUUCUAACAUUGAAAUUCAACUUGAACAUUCUACAAGUGAAUUUAUCCUGGGAAUGUGGAUAAAAUGGAAGAAAUAUGGUACAGUUCUCUUUCUUCAAGAUGGUUUCCGUCAGAAUUUAAUUCUAGAAUCAAUUGAUGGUAAACUACAAUUGAUACACAUGAAUAAAGAUCAAGCUGAGAAAUAUUCCAUUGGUGAAAAUCAAAGAGUGGUUGUAAGAGAAUGGUAUCACAUCGAAGUCAUCAAACAAGAAUCAACUAAAUUAAUACAUAUUCGGGUCAAUAAUCAAUCGACAAUUGUCAAAAUGAAUAUUUCAAAUUAUUUUGCUUUGAAAACAAUAAAUAUUGGAAGUUUAUCUACAAGAAAUUCAAACUACGAUACAUAUAGUAACUACAUGCAAAGAACAACAGGAUUUCAAGGUUGUGUAGCAUCUUUUUCAUUCAAUUAUUCCACUGAUUAUGAUCAGUCAUCAUUAAAUAUUAAAUUAAAUAACACAACACCAUCAAGGUACCAUGUGAACUAUUUAUAUUCGAAUGAUACGCAAAAAGUUAGUUUGCACAAUAUACAAAUGGGAUGCCACUUUGCAGACAGUAAACAUCUAGAUCUGUAUCAGUGUUCAGAGAAUCCAUGUCGCUUCAAUGGAAUUUGCAUGCAACAGUGGAAUUCUAUAACAUGUGAUUGUAGUUUGACUGGUUUUACUGGAAAGUUCUGUGAUAAAGCCGGAACAUCAGUUCGCCUAUCAGAAUUCCCUAAAAGAUAUGCUGUUUUUGAACUGAAUUCACCUCAGAAUACCACAUUAGAUAAACUGGCAUUCGGGAUACAAAUAACUAAUCCUGGUACAAUGUCAUUAAUACACAUCCAAGGUCAAGGUCAGUCCCCAGACUUCAUACAGUUAUCUGUAUUACACAAUAAGGAUCAACUUAAUCUUCAUGUACGGUUUAAUAUGGGUGGGGGAACUCAAACACUAUUCCAACCAAAUGUGAAUUUUAAUGAUGGACAUUUUCAUAUAGUUCAAUUUAUACGACAAGAAGCUAAAAGUAUAUUGUUAGUUGAUUUUCAACAUGAAAUCACAAAACUAACAGAAGAUCAAAACAAUAAACAUUUCAAUUUGUUAAAACGAAUAUAUUUUGGUGAAGCAUCAAAAAUGAAAGAAAAGCUGUCAGUAAAUAACAAUAGUGAAUUCACAUCGAGAAAAGGAUUUGAAGGAUUUAUUACCGGUUUGAAUUUAAACAAUAUCAACUUGAUAGACCUUUUAUAUGGAAAUAUGGUUCCUGGAAUAUAUUUAAAAACUCGAGAGAAUAUUGAACUUAAUCCAAAUUUUAAACCGAAUAUGAAGAAAUUACAUGCUCAUAGCAAAAGGUAAGUUCACUUGAAUAUCUUGAUCUCUUUAGUUAAUUGAUAAAAGGUGACCUGAUUCGCCUCAUAAUAUAUACGUAUACAUAGUAACUGUCACUUGUUUUAAACGACGUUAAAAUUUGGUUUGGUUUGAUUUCUCGUUUAUUUUUCAUAGAUUAGGACACCAUCAGAAUGAUAGCGUUUUUAAACUAUUCAGACAUAUGUUUUAAGCAGUUAUUAAAUAAAUAAAUUAAACUUGAAGCUUUAUUUGUAAAACUGAAAUAUUGAGUGUAAAUGAACUUAAGACUUAAUCAUCCGAUAUAAAGCUUUUCUCAAACUAUGAUUUAUUAGUUCAUUAAUAAUUACAAAACUGUAUAUUUAGAAUUGUUUAUCAAAAUGACGAUUUAAACUCGUAAUUUAAAUUAUUAUCAACUGACGUCUAUUGACUAUCAGUUGUCAAGCAAAUGAAAAAAUGAACAGGAAUCGUCAACAGACAAAUAUCUUUAUUUGAAAACUAAUUGAUUAUUCAUUUAUGACAAAUUAUACUUGAUUGGAUUUAAAUACAAACAUAAUUUGAUAACGUUUUUCUUACUCAUUUCAAGUUUGUAAAGGGAACCCACUGGAUGAAAUAUUAGCUGCACUUUACAUGUCAACUUAUUUUCUGGUCGAAUAUAAAACAGUGGCGUAUGUAGAUUUUUUGUACACUAUGUAACGUGAGGCAUGACUAAAGUAGUGUAUCUAUUUUUGAAUACAUUUCAAAUAUCGUUCCAGGAAUUCGAGGUACAAAAUGUUAACUGAAAUAAUCUCAAAGUCGAACAGAGAUAAGACACGCUAUGAAGUUUUGUGUAGUGCUAAACAUAAGUAAAUCCUCUUGGACUAUUUUUAUUAUUUCUUUAUUCAAUAAAAACUCAUGUAUUUUCAAAUCCAGUAAUCUACAUGUCAGUUCAUUAAAAAAAUACGAAAGAGUCCAUAAUGUCUCCAUUAAACCAACUAUUACCUUCAACAAAUUAAUAAAGAGUUUUGUAAAUUUAUUUUCUGUAUGCUAGAAUACAGACAUGAUGUUCAGUUUGUUUCUCAUUAGUUAGAGUUUAAAAUAUGCAAAGCAAAUAAACAGUCAAUUAACCUUCCGUCAACUUAAACAAAAUUUUUGGUUGAGAUCAUGAACUGAUUAAUGUUAAACCAGCAUUUAAAUCCUGAAAGCCCGCAAUUUCGUGGAUUGGUUGAGGUUAGACAAUAAUACCAACUCAGUGGUCUAGAGGUUAAGCAUUCGCGCGCGAGACUGAAGGCCCUGGGUCUGAUUCCCACAGGCGGGAUCGUGGAUGUACACAGCUGAUGAGUCCUGCAAAAGGACAAAACGGCUGUCCAAUGCUUCCAGGUUUUCAGUGCUGAUCUAAUAUCAUUCAGUUCAUGAUCUCAUUCAAAAAUCUAAUAAUAUCCACAACCCUAUACUGCUAUACGAAAUUAUUGAAUACAAGUGACUUUCGUGGAGAUAAGCAUUUUACUGGCCACACCACCAUGGUGGAUAUAUGUAAGUUAAUUAGUACCUUACGAUUUUUGAUUAAUCCACCUAAAGUUCAAACUAAAUAAAUUAUGUUUCUGCUGAACUAUAAAAAGAUAAUCAAGAUCUUGUUCUUCGAGAUGAUUGAUCAUAAUAUUACAACUGAAUUUACUAACAUACUCCUUACAAAUUAAAUUAAAAGUAAAACUACUUUGCUUGAAGGAUGAUUUCUGAUUGAUACAUGAGGUUGACAGGAUUAUUAUUAUUAUUAUUACUUUAACACAUAGAUAUUGGUACAAGGAGGCAC